AUGUCGUUCUUUACCCCACGUGCUAUUGCCGCGUCGUGCGCAGCCGCUGUGUCUGUGCCGGCGACUAUCUUCUUAAUUGUCCGUGCGGCGAGACGCCCGCGCCGGUACCAAGGGCCUUCCUACGCCGAUUUGCCGGUUGAUCAGUGGAACAUGCAGCAGGUGGUGCAGUGGCUGCGUUCACUCGGUGUGUCGGAGACGGUGUUGGUCUCGUUCUUGCGGAACGAGGUGGACGGGUCAGUGUUGCUUCUAUUGGAGGAGGGACACCUGAUGGAGCUGGCACCCAAACUGCGCGACUUUAUUCUUAUUCGCGAGGGUCUGGGGAAGCUGCGCGACUGCGCAGUGCAACCACGGCCGGUGAGGGAGUGCGUGGUGACUGCGCCCGCCGCGAGGAACAUCGAGGACACACUGCCCGUAGGGCAAAGGGUGAAUCCACCGUACAACAACGUGCGGUUCCAGGCACUGCUGCAAGAAAUGCAGGGCCUCGCGCCCGGGAUGCAGGUGCAAUUGGUUCCCACCGUAGUGAGCGUCGCGGCACCUCUCGCAAAGACGCAACGAGAAGACGCCACCACGACGGUGUUGGCUGGCCCCGAUGUGAUAGAGCAGCUCCAGACGCUGCACAAGACAGUGGACGGCUUUUUGCAUCUGCUUGAUUCGACGGAGAUGCGGGUGAUGUCAGACCCACGUGUUGCGCCGCUGCGGGCAAACAUAGAGGGGCAAGUACGUCAUGUCAUGGCAGUGUCAAGCCGGCUUCCGCCACCGCAUGGAGAGCCGCUGCGAAAGAAAUGCGAGCUUAUUCUCCAAAAGAUCCGGCAAGGUGUAGAAACAACCACCGCCACCACCACCACCGCAGGGAUGGCCCAGGUGGCUCGGCAACAGCAACAACAGCAACAAGGACACCAGCAGCGACAGCAGUUGCAAACGCCUAUGGGGCCCAUGGUGCAACGGCUGCGUGACAUCUUUACCGCCCUCAGGUCGUCGGACUUGGUGGAGACGGAGCCUGGGGAGCGGCUCGUGCGUAUCACUGGCAUGCUGAAUGAGGCGCGGAUUAUUCAGAGAGAAGCCGAGUCCUCAGAUGACCCCCGUGCGGUGGCCAUCAUGAACCAGGUGGCCGGAAGUGUCAUUUCUGUGCUGCAGCAAAUGGAGUCGCUCACACGUGAGGAGCUGGAGGCGGUGGGAGGUGAUGCUGCAGGUGAACCCGUCGAGGAGCGUGUGAGAGGGCAACACCAACUGCAGCAACCGCAACAAGAGCAACGACAACAACAAGUUGCCCAGUUGAAUUUGUCGCAGAUCGUUUCUGAUCUACAGUCUGUUGCUCAAAUGCUGCACUCCGAUAGGUUGGCUUCUGCGCCCCCGGAGGUGCAACUGCAAAUUGUGUCCCAACUUCGGCAGCGUCUCCGCCAGCUGCAGCAACAGGUCGCUCGCCUCCCGCUUAACGAAACUACAGCUACAGUGGCAGCAAUCAUUGAAAGAACCCAGGGGCUCAUUGCGUCUCUGACAGGUGAUGAGCCUGAUGAGCCAGAGGAGCAGGAGGAUUGUGAUGGUGAUGAUGAUGAUGAAAAAGAUGAGCAACCGGAACACCAAGCGGAAGAGGAGAUGCAGGGGAGAGAAAGGGUGCCUACGGCCACCUCUACAGCAAACCCACUCGAGGCGGUAUGUCAAGAAGACAUACAGGAUAAGGUUGUAAACGAGGCGAAUGAGAUUUUUAAUUAUAUUAACUCAGACCGCUUCAAGGUGCUGCCAGCAGAAGAAAAAAGCAAUGCAGCACAGCGGCUUCUAUCGCAGCUUUGUAUGAUGGAAAACCGCUGCGCUCAAUUCGGGUGUCUGGAGCAGUUGCAAGAGCUCCUUCAACCCAUGAAGGAGAUUCUGCAAAUGGAAAUCAAACCGGAUUCCGAGACGCCCGCCCCCACCCCAUUAUUCCUCAGCAUCUCGGCCCACUUGACGCGGAUGUCAAAUCUCAUGAAUUCUGACGGUUUUCAACGGGCCGACAUAGACAGUAAGAGGGCAGAAGCCCGGUCGAUCAUUCCACAGCUUCAGAAAAUCGCCUCGGCCCUGUCACAGCUUCCCCCACACGAACGGAGUGCGGUGGAGCGGCUCAUUGCACCCAUCAAUGCCGCCCUGCAAUCAAUUUCUGCUAGAUCUGAGGAAGCUCAGGGAGACGUUGCUGAUCCGAGGCAGGUGGUUGCGCAGAUGGAGACGGUCCUCUCGGUCCUGCAGUCGGAAGAGUUCAUAAACGCCCCACAACAGCAAAGACAACAGCUCGCCACAGAACUUGUGGAGAAACUUGAGGGCUUGAAAGCAGAUUGUGGUCGGAUCGGCGGCGCGGCAGCCCCUCUGCUGCCCAUUAUUGAGCGAAUCCGGGGACAACUACUGGCGUUAACUCAAUGUGGCCGAAAUGUAGAGGAAGAAAACGGACCCUCGGAGAGAGAAGGUGCUCCCGAUUCAGGUAAUAAUGAUAAUGAAGGAAAAGCAAGUGGAGAUGCUACGGAUGAAGGGCCUGUCUCGAUAGAGGUGCAGCAAAAUCGAAACGCGAUGAUGGAAGAGCGACAGAAGCUCUUCAAGACAGUGGCCGAUAUCACGGCAGAGCUUCGUACUAACAACGAUGUGAAUGCGAGGCUGACCAGUGCGGAGGCGCAGCCCCUGGUCGGACUCUUGGAGAUGAUAGACUCUGUUGGAUUUGUUACUCCACAAGAAAAGAACCUUCGCGACGAGUUUGAGGUCCAAAUUAGGCGUGCAAAGGGGGAGGACAGUGCUGCGGUGGAAGNGUCCAGCCCAGGCAUGGAGAACCUUAUGCGCACCUUCACAUUACUGAAGGAAAGAAUUGGGUCACCGAGUCUGUCUUCGCCGACAGAUUUACUCCCCAUCAUGGCAGCAGUUGACCAGGCACUUAGCGCUGCCGAUCAGAACAAUGUGCCGUGGCGCAACUCUCCGCCAGCAGUGAGUCUGAUUAGUGAGGUGCUAACACGAAUCCAGGAGGUCCAGCGUGAGUUGGGUGAACGACGUCCAUCGGAGCUGGAGAGUAUACUCAACGAGGCGGCGACGGAGAUCCGCCAGAAUCCCCCACAAAACGAAGAGCAACUUCAACCAUACACAGAGAUGCUGUCGCAGAUGGAUAGAAGGAUGAACAAUUUGUCUGUUGGUACACUGCAGGCGUUGAAAAACCUCCAAGAGGCAGUGCUUGUGGCGGCGGGUACACUGCAUGCGCAGGGGCCGGAGGGGCGCUCCGGGGCUUUGCUGGGCGACGGCCACGUGGCACAACUGCUAGUGGAGGUGUCAGAUAGGCUUCGGGAGGGCCCAAUCCGGGAGGAAGUGCUUGAUCAGUACGCAUUGCUUCUUGAUAACAUCGAGGCAACGCGCACCGACCCCUCUGUGCGUGAGGCGGUCGAUUGCGUACGGGAGCAAAUCCACCUGCAGCGCAUCAUGAACGGCGAGGCUGACGAUGAGGAAAGCGACACAUCCGAAGCGGAAUUGGAUGAAGAGGAAAAUGAAACUGAAGAAGCAAAUAAGAAUGAAGAUAAGGAAGAAGGGAAAGCGGCAACCGAGGAUCCGAAAGACGAUGUUGAAUUCACUGAACACAAAAACCGACCCGAGCCUUCUGAGGACACUGCCACCCAAGAGAAAGAAAAGGCGGAGACGAUGUCUGGAGACUUGCAGCAGGAGGCUGAAGGGCGAAGUGCCACGCCGACCUCGGAAAGGACUGCGGUGGUGGGCUUCCUCAGUAAACUGCCAAAAAAUUGCGUUCCCGGCGGUGCGAAGAACGAACUACUACUACUACCACGUAUUGAGAAGAAGAUCUUCUCGGCGGAGCAGCACUUCAUUGCCAACACGACGCUCUUUGACAUUCAGAAUAUCAGCAAAGUGAUCCUGCACCUUGAAAAAUGCCCAGAGGUGAAGAGUAAUACGACGCUGUUAGAGCGGGUAAGCCGUGUGAAAAGGUCGUUUGCACAACAGCUGCAGGCAUUUCAUGCUAGCGAUCAACAGUCCACUGCGAUCCAGACAACACUGAGUCUCUACUGCAGGGACACAACUGUUGCAGGCGAGUGUGUCCGCGAGCUCGUUAUUUGUACGGCAGCGGAGGCAGCUGAAGAUGUUGGGGCCCGCAGCAGCAAGGACCUGAAGAAGUGCCUGGCAGAGGGGAAAGCGGCGCCAACAACAGUUGGUUCAGAGGUUGUAAAGGAGUGGUGUGGGCGCAGCAUAGCUGUUCUCGUGUGCGAGUUCGGUGUGGUGGAUGGGACGGCUUUGAGCGAACUCGUGCUGUUGCAUGAGGUCCUCGGAAGCCGCUACGGCUUUGAUGUCGUGACUGUUACGGCGACCAGCGCAAGCCAAUUGCAAAGUCUCCUGCAGGAGGUCGCCGCCUCCGGGGCGAGGCGAGUGCUCCUAUACUACUAUACAGAUGCACAUGCGUCGCCCAAGCCACACUCCGUCCUCUUUCGUGACGGUUCCUCUCUCACGUACCGCGACGCGCUACAGCAGCUGCAGACUGUGCACCGCGUCGUGUUGGCGCACUGUCAACCACUGAGUUUCUCGAUGGUGUCAGAGUUUGCGGGGCAUUGCAGCCCAUUCUUCUUAGUACGGUUC